AUGCCUCCUAUACGACGGAGCAAUCUAGGUAGAAUAACCCGAAAUGCUACCAACCAAGCUAAUUACCGAUCUAACCAAAGUCCUCAAGAACGUGACGACCGAAAUGAACGUGAAAGAAUUCGGAUAUCACAAACGCGUGAAGCGCGAACGCGAAAUUCAACUAAUAAUCGCGCAAGCAUUAAAAUACAAAACGAAGCCAAUGGAUUGUGUUGCGCAAAUGGUAAAGUGAAAUUGAUACCAUUGGAUCCACCACCAGAACCAUUGUACUCAUUGGUUUCAGGAAUAGGAACAGAUUCUAUACACUUUUUGACAAAUAUCCAACAAUAUAACAAUUGCUUUCAAAUGACUUCAUUUGGGGCAACAAAUGUAGUUCGGGAAAAUUUUAUGCCAACUUUCAAGAUACAAGGGCAAAUAUAUCACAGAGCAGGUUCACUGUUACCAGUGUCAGAUAGCGACAACAAAUUCCUGCAAAUUUAUUUUAUGGGCAAUUCACCACAAGAAAUUGAUCUGCGUUGUGCACAUAACAAUUUAGUAAAGAGGUCUAUUGUAGAACAAUUACAAACUUUAUUUCAUCAACACAAUCAAUUGAUUAUAUUGUCUAAAACUGCCCUGGAUCUGAUGCCAUCCGAUAAUCACAAAAUUGUAAUCAGAGCUGAUAAAACACCUGCAGGUCAACAUACAAGACGUUUUAAUGCACCAACUAUUGAUGAAGUUGCUAUCGUUGUAGUUGGAGAAAACUUGGAAUCCCGUGAUAUUGUUUUACGUCGUCGGAAUGAUCAAUUACAACGUAUAAAGGAAACACACCGCUCAUAUGAUGCACUGCAAUAUCCCAUUAUAUUUUGGCAAGGUGAAGAUGGCUACGAUUUCUCAAUAAAAAUGAUAAAUCCCAUUACAGGUUCUGAAACCAACAAAAAAGUCAGUUCAAUGAACUAUUAUUCAUACCGCCUAAUGAUUCGGGAAAAUGAAGAUAAUCACAUAUUGAAAUGUCGGCGAUUAUAUCACAAAUAUGUUGUUGACAUGUAUGUUAAAAUUGAAACGGAGAGAUUAACAUUCAUCAGGUUGAAUCAAACCAAACUCCGAUCUGAAGAGUAUAUUCACCUUCGAGAUGCGAUUAAUACUGAUGGAAAUGCACAGAAUGUCGGUCGGAUGACUAUUCUUCCAGCAACAUACAUCGGAAGCCCUCGGCAUAUGCACGAAUAUGCUCAAGAUGCCAUGUUGUAUGUUCGUCAUUAUGGUACAGCAGAUUUGUUCAUCACAUUUACAUGCAAUCCGCAAUGGAUAGAAAUCAAUCAGGAGUUAUUCUCUGGGCAAUCACCCAUUGAUCGUCAUGAUAUUACAGCCAGAGUCUUUAGACAAAAGUUGAAAUCUUUAAUGGAUUUCAUCGUAAAACAUAAUGUGUUUGGUGAGACAAGCUGCUGGAUGUAUUCUGUGGAGUGGCAGAAACGAGGAUUGCCACAUGCACACAUUUUGAUUUGGUUGGUUGAAAAUAUAAGGCCAAAUGAAGUUGAUGCAGUGAUAUCAGCUGAAAUCCCUAAAGUACAAGUAGAUCCUGGAUUGCAUCAGGUAGUUAUCAAAAACAUGAUACAUGGUCCCUGUGGAACUCUUAAUCAAAAUUCACCGUGUAUGAUGGAUGGUAAAUGUUCAAAACGAUAUCCACGGAUAUUAAUAUCGGAAACAAUUACUGGUAAUGACGGUUAUCCAUUGUAUCGUCGCAGAUCGACAGCAGACAAUGGAAAAUCAACAAUUGUCAAAUUAAAUUAA